AUGGCUGAACAAAAAGAAGAUAAGUGGUCAUCCGAGGCCUACCAGCACUCUGCCUCAUUCGUUCCCAAGUUGGCUACCAAAGUGGUUCAGUGGCUCGAUGUGCAAAAGGACGAUAUCAUCCUCGACGUCGGUUGCGGUGACGGCGUCCUCGACGUCGAGUUCGGCAAGGUCCUCUCUCAAGGAAAAGGCUCCCUCCACGGCAUCGACGCCUCCCCAGGCAUGAUCUCCGCCGCCAAAAAGGCCGUUUCAGCAGCAGGCCUAUCAAACUGCGAAUUCGAAGUCCUCGAUGCAACAAAAAUCACAACCUCCUCAACACCAACCCUCCACACCCAAACCUUCACAAAAGCCUUCUCCAAUGCAGCCCUCCACUGGAUCCUCCGGCCCCCUGGGUCCCACAUCUCUGUCUUCACCGCCAUCCGCGACGCCCUCACUCCAGGCGGCACCUUCGCCCUCGAAAUGGGCGGGCUGGGCAACGUAGCCGAGAUGCGCACCGCCAUCGUCAUGGCCGUCGCGCGGCGUGUGGGCAUCGACAAGGCCGUCGCCGUGGACCCCUGGUUCUUCCCCGACGAGGCGUGGUUGAAGACGGUGCUCGAGGAGGAGGUCGGCGGGUGGGAAGUGUUGAAAGUUGAGCGAGAGUGGAGGCCUACGACGGCGGAUAAGGGCGGCGUGGAGGGAUGGGUGCGGUUGAUGGGCAAAGAGUUGUUGGAUGCGGUGCCGGAGGAGGAGGGCCAGAGGGAGGAGGCUGUGAGGGAGAUUGUGGAGGUGUUGGGGCAUGUUUGUAGGAUUCCGGGUGAUGGGGAGAUGAUUAGUUAUGUGAGGUUGAGGUGUCUUGUGAGGAAACUUUAG